UAAUGACCCUUUUAUCUCUGAAGAUUGGGUAGCAGGGCAAAAUUUUGUAAUUGGUGCACAAGAAGACAUUAGAGCUGGAUUAUAUAAGUUACUUAGUAGACUUUUAGAUAGGUUUGAAAAACAGGAUGGAAAAAUGCAUCAUGAUGUCGAGUUUCAAAUUCAGCACGAAAAUGGGAUUGAGAAAAUCAAAUCUAGUCGAUAUGUUCUUUCAGCUGCAAAAUAUCAAAAAAUAACUGUUGACAUUGAUGAUAUUGAUCCUUCAGCAUUCCAUGUUCUGAUUCAUUGGUUAUAUAGACAAGAACUUGAAGAAGCAAUUUCAGCA